AUGGUAUGGAAAAUGGUAAAAAUUAAUGGAGAAUUUGCAGAAGCGUCGAUUAAAGUUAGUUCGAGUAUAAAUAAAAUAAGUAUAAAGUACGUGAAAAAGAGAGGGCUUACUUGGAAAUGUUUGAACAAGAUAAACAGUGGUUGUAUGGAUGAUGGGUUUAUUGGAUAUAUUCAUGGUGUCGAAGUUGACGUUAAAGGUGUAAAGGCAGUACAAAAGUUCUAUAUAAAGUGUGGAUUACUUUCUGAUAUAGUUCUUGGUAUGCUGUGGAUUGUGAAAACAAGGUGUAGUUUUGCAUGGAAGGAUGAAAAAUGUCACUAUACGAUUGAAUCAGGUAAUAAAAAAGCAACGUUCGUGAUCUUUGAUGAAAAUAUCCAAGAUGAAUAUGUAAUGGAUAGAGGUAAUAUGAUAAAGAAUGAUGCUCAAAGAGGAAAUGAAUUUGUGGAUAUUAGGUGUGUCAAAGGUGAUUUGAGUAAGGAUGAUGAUAUUAAUGAUGAAGAGAAGAAAAAGGGGAUCAUUAAUAUAAAGAUGAACUUUGAUGAAUCAAAUCGAAUAGGCAAAACAAACGUUGAAAACAUACCUGAAGUAUACUAUAGAAACAAUGAUAAAAAAGAAUUGUAUGAUGAGAUUGAACGAUUAUAG